AUGGCUGCUACUGGUGGAAUGAAUGAUUUGUCAUCAGAAAUGGAGGUGGAUGCUUUUAGACGUCUUUUUCCUUUACGGUUUCACGAGCGUCACCUUGUUGAAUCGAUUAGGCCCGACGGUCGGCCCCUUGAUAGAGCUCGAGACACGUCACUCGUGCUCGGAGCUGUGGCAUCUGCUAAUGGUUCAGCACUGGCGAAGAUAGGUUGCACCACCAUGUUAGCUGCCAUUAAAAUGGAAGUCAUGACUCCGACUAUGGAGGCACCCGAUGAAGGUUGCAUAGCCAUUGAUUUCCACAUGCCCCCGAUUUGUUCUCCACUCAUUCGCCCUGGCAGGCCGGCAGAAAUAGCUCCCGUAUUAGCUAAACAGUUAUCGGACUCCAUUUUGAGGCAAGGAAAUUACACGACUUUAAGUUUUGUUCUUUUAUGCAGUUCUGGCAUGAUUGAUCUGAAAGAUUUAUGUCUGGUGAAUGGCAAAGUUGCUUGGAUGGCGUACUUGGACAUUUACUGUUUGGAUGCUGACGGUGCCCUUUUUGAUGCAGCUUUGCUUUCUGCAGUGGCGGCCUUCUCGCAUCUGAAAAUCCCGAUAGUCUCCCUCAAUGAUGACGGUCGAGUUGUUCUUGUAUCCGAGGACAGCAAAGGAAGAGCCACAAAGCAAAGAGAACCCGUCAAUAAAGAGAAGCGAAAGCUCAGACUGAAUGUGGUACCAUUUGCUCUAACAUGUGUACUUUACAAGGACUACAUUCUGGCCGACCCCACCUCUGAGGAAGAGUCGACUAUGGAGACGUGUCUAACCGUGGUACUCAACUCGUCUUUUCAGCUCGUCUCGUUUAAUAAACCUGGUGGGCCCGGUCUGGCACAUACAUCAGCAAUCCAGGACUGCAUAUCGUUAACGAGACAACGAGUGAAAGAACUUGAGAAGAUUCUGAAUGAUGCAAUCUCUGAUAUGGAAGUCGACUGA